AGUUCUAUUUCACAGAAUGUUCGUGCACCCAUUGCAUCUGACCGGUUGAUCAUCGACGCCAUCGACGUAUCUUGGAAAUUUUAUGAGUAUCAAUUGUUCGUCUUGGAUCGUAUAAAGGCCACCACACUGACGAUGGAACGUGACAUUCCUCAUCUAUUGUCGUAUGCACCCUGAAUCAAGAAAGUUCUUCAACAAUGACCUUGUGAAAAAAUUGCUUCGACCAUUUGAUACAACAGUCAAGUUCCCCAACGAUGUGAUGGUCAAAUUGAUGGAAAUUGUUUGGGAUUUUUAUUAUGGAAGGCGAAGCAGGCUGGAUACGUGUGCCAAGAUCACGAGUUUGUUAAGUGCAGUUGACGAUCUGGAUAUUGACGACCUGGAUAAAAAGAUUAUCAUGUCCAUCCAUCAAUUAUGUCUAUCCUUGCCCUCAGAUCGCAUCAUGAACGACACAUCAGAAAAUAACUAUUGCACCCGAUAUUUGGCACCAGCCUUGCAACCUUUAUUCGAUGAUGAUGAGACGAACACCCAAAUACUUUGGCCAACCACUGUCCCUGCAAAUAAGCGAUCCUUUUCCUUGGCAAAUCGACGGCCCGACUGUAUCAUUUCAACAUUGAUGGACAAUAAUUUCGAAAUCAACAUUGGAUAUGGAGAAGUGAAAUCGGCUGCUGAAUACGACAACCAUUAUCAAACAAAUAUGGACUUGUUGCGUCUUGGACACUUCUGCAAAGAUACAAUUGAUGAACACAAGUUACAAGCUAGCCUUGGCAUACAUGUAGUUGGUCCAAAUUUGACAUACUAUCUUAUGGAACUCAAGGCCGAUGGUCUGUAUCUGAUGGAAGAGCUUGUCACAAUCAGAAUGCCAUUAUGUAUCAAGGACAUUCCUGCAUAUCUUGCGAGCCUUAGCCAAAUCAAGAAUGUCACCCAUCACUUUUACCAUCAUUGCAAGCAAUCCGAUGCAUCCGCGAUGAUAAUCAUUAGUAAACGCAACAGAGUUAGUCCCACUGCUGAAAACCUUGAUCAUGUCAUUGAAAAGACCAUUGAUCGCAAGCGACAUAAUCAUGUCAAAUAUUGAAUAAAAUACCAGAC